AUGAUCGACAUUUCAUCAAUGAAUGGCUACCUUGUUGCCACUUUAGGUUUAAUUUCAAUCUUGCAAAUGAUUAUUCAAGCUCGUUGGUUUGAUUCUCCACCCUUCUUAACCUUACCUCAUGUUGAUGAAAUUGUUUUGCCUCAAUUCAAGCGAUUUCUUUCCUUACAUUUGCCUGAAUUAAUAUCAAUUGUUGAUAGUAAAGGAUUUGCAUUUUUAACAAGACAUCUGGACAAUAUGUUAGAUGUAAAACAAAUUAGAGAUAUUUAUCAAACAAUCAAUGGAUUACCAUUGAUAAACUUAAAGGUGACCAUUAAGAGAGCUGACGAUGAAAGUCGUGCCGUUGAUGUUGACCUCGAUUUACCUGAUACCUCAAUUAAAGCACGUCAUUAUAUUGAAUUGGAAGCUGAUACUGAUUAUUUGAUAAAUUUCAUGGUUUCACGACCCCCAAGACCUGAAGCUAAACCUAGGAAACAUGUUUUUGCGCCGAAAUAUGCCAAAGCUAAAGAUGAAAAUUGGAUAUUUAUUAUUGGUGAUUCUAAUACUCGAGAGUUGAUUGCUCUUAAGCGCUCUGGUUUCAUUGGAAAUAAACCAAUGACUAUAAGUUUGAUUAUACGUACACCAACACAAUACGGUCGAUUCAUUUAUUCACUCUAUCUACUGAGCGAUGCUCUGAUUGGAUUGGACCAACAAUACGAUUUAGGAAUAGAUAUUGUUUCUAAAUCGGGACCAUGA